AUAUUUAAUAUUAUAUUUUUCACUCGUCGUGUAUAUAUAUUACACACAGAGGUGAGAUCCCAUACAUGCAGAAUUUCAGAUCGCUAUAUACAAUUUAUUAUCUCUCUCCUCUGUUUCUCUCUCUAACUUUCAAUUAAUCGUUCACCGGAGAAACUAAACCCUAGAACUUUCAUGGCGCCGGCGUGCGGCGUUUCUGCACCGUCCGAUCGAGUUCCGGUGAUGAUUCCGGUACAACCGGCGGUGAUGCCGGAAGCCUACGCAAAGGACGCAAUCAUCUCGUGGUUCCGAGGCGAGUUUGCGGCAGCGAACGCGAUCAUUGACGCUCUGUGCGGCCAUCUGUCGCAAUUAGACGACGGAAAACGUGAUUACGAGUCGGUUUUCGCCGCCGUACACCGUCGCAGGCUGAACUGGAUCCCGAUUCUUCAGAUGCAGAAGUAUUUUUCGAUCGCUGACGUCACUCACGAGCUCCAGAAGGUGAUUCAGGAGAAGAGUCAGAAGACGAGACCUGGAGACGUUGAGAAAAGUCAGAAAAGUGAAGAUGUUGUUGUUGUUGAUUCUUCGCCGGUGAAGGAGAAAACGGUUGAAGUUUCGGUUGAGUGUAAUGGAAAUGAUGAUGUUCACGUUGUUGAUGUUGAUUUUGUUAGAGAUGAUUCUCCGAUCAGUGAGAUUACAGAUUCAGGAUCUCAAGAAGUUCAAUUAGUAGAAGAAAACAACGAUGUAUGCUCAAAUCAAGAAGAAUAUUGGGAGGCUAGGCGUGCUCAGAUCAAGAUGACAAAAGGGUUCGUAGCCAAGGAGUCUGUAAAAGGACAUAUGGUGAAUGUUGUAAGAGGUUUAAAGGUUUAUGAAGACAUACUUGAUGAUUCAGAGUUGUCUAACCUAUAUGAGUAUGUGAAUGAACUACGAGUCGCCGGUCAGAAUGGUGAACUCUCAGGUGAGACGUUUAUCAAGUACAACCAACAGUCGAAAGCAAUUAAGAGAGAACUCAUUCAAUUUGGAGCUCCUAUUUUUGGUCAAGUAAAAGAUGAUGCUAUAACUAAAUCCCAAGAUGGCCAAAUCGAGCCAAUCCCAGCUCCUCUUGAAGAUGUCAUUGACCAUCUGAUUCAGUUUCAUCUGAUUUCUGAAAACAGAAGACCAAACAGCUGCAUCAUAAGCUUUUUCGAUGAGGGGGAGUUUUCACAGCCUUUCCUGAAACCACCUCAUCUGGAACAACCAAUCUCCACUCUGCUUCUUUCUGAAUCAACAAUGGCGUUUGGGCGCACUUUAGUAUGCGAUAAUGAUGGAAACUACAAAGGACCACUCAUGCUUUCCCUAAAUAAAGGAUCACUUUUAGUUAUGAGAGGAAACAGCGCCGACAUGGCACGCCACGUCACUUGUCAAUCUCCAACUAAAAGAAUCAGUGUCACAUUCUUUAAAGUCCGGAUGGAUGACACCUGUGAAAACAAAGUCAUGACAGUCUGGCAACCGAAUGUACCCGCACCAAAUGGAACAGUUAAACUUAAACCCUCUGAUACAACGGGUGUGGUCCCUAAAUGGGGCACUCUUCGUGCACCACAAUUGCUUAUGUUAGCCCCGGUUCAGCCAAUGGUCAUGAGCCCAAGAAGGUUACCCCGUGGUGGCACUGGUGUCUUCUUACCAUGGACCGUUGGGUCAAGAAAGCCCACAAAGCAUCUACCUCCUCGAGCCCAACGGGGUCGUCUUCUUGUAGCAGAAGCACAUAGGGUCGAACCCACCUCUGAUUUGGGCAUCAGUGUUGCUUGAGAAGUCUAAGAUCUGAAACCAUUCACGUUUUACCACUCGGAAGCUAGAAAUUAGAGUCUGCGGUCAUAUGAUUAAUUACACUUGAUUUGGUUGUUUAGGUAUUAAUCUUUAUGUUAAUCAUCAUAGAAUUUUAUAGUUAGUUAAGUUUAAAGAAUGUGUGAUCAUAUAUUCAUAUCUGUAUUAGCAUCAAAGAAGUUUUCACUACGAAAUGUUUUCUAUAUUGUAAUCUA